CUCCGGAGUCUCAUCACAUCCCCCAGAAAUAAUCCAAAAUAUAUCCACUCCAGAACCUGCAUUCUGCCUGGAGUCACUGGAGGGGUUAUGAGACUAUCAGAUCUGAGGAUACUAAUAUUAAGAUUCUGAAGAUGACCAAGUCCUAUCGAGAUAAUGGGUUGAUCAUGUCCGACACCCAGGGUUCGAGAGGUUGGGUAGAUGAGUGUUUGGGUUCCCAAGAUGACCAUGAAAUGGAGAAAAAGAAAGAAGAGCUGGAAGGGACCAUCCAAGAUGUGGGCGAGGAAUCAAUGAAGCAUCACAACGGAGAGGAGAAUGAGGAGGAAGAGGGUGAGGAGGAUGAUGAUGAUGACGAUGAUGAUGAUGAUGACGACGAUGACGAUGAAGAUGAUGAAGAAGAUGAUGAUCAGAAACCCAAAAGACGUGGACCCAAGAGGAAGAAGAUGACUAAAGCCAGGGUGGAGCGCUUUAAAAUGAGGCGCAUGAAAGCCAAUGCCAGGGAGAGGAACCGCAUGCAUGGGCUGAACGCUGCCCUGGACAGCUUGCGCAAGGUGGUCCCCUGUUACUCCAAGACUCAGAAGUUGUCCAAGAUUGAGACCCUGCGCCUGGCUAAAAACUACAUCUGGGCGCUCUCUGAGAUUUUGAGGUCUGGGAAAAGUCCAGAUCUGGUGUCAUUUGUGCAGACACUUUGCAAAGGGCUCUCCCAACCCACCACCAACCUAGUAGCUGGGUGCCUUCAGCUUAACCCCAGAACUUUUCUUCCAGAACAGAAUCAAGACAUGCCACCCCAUAUGCAAGCAGCCAGUGCUUCCUUCCCCUUGCAUCCUUACCCAUACCAGUCGCCUGGUCUUCCCAGCCCUCCUUAUGGUACCAUGGACAGCUCCCAAAUCUUUCACGUUAAGCCACAUUCAUACGGGACUGCCCUGGAGCCUUUCUUUGAAGGCACUGUCACUGACUGCACCAGCCCAUCAUUCGAUGGGCCCCUCAGCCCACCUCUGAGUGUUAAUGGGAACUUUUCCUUCAAACAUGAGCCUUCAGCAGAGUUUGAUAAAAAUUAUGCCUUUACCAUGCACUACCCUGCCAGUAUAGCAGUGGCUCAAAGCCAUGGGACUCUCUUUUCCAGCUCUGGCCCCAGAUGUGAAAUCCCUGUAGACAGCAUCAUGUCCUACGAUGGCCAUACACACCACGAAAGAGUCAUGAGUGCCCAGCUGAAUGCCAUCUUUCACGACUAACUUUUAAGAGAUCAAAUGAAUGAAACUUCUGUAAUUACCCGUGCGUUAUGGUACUGUCCUGUUUACAAACAGCAGCCCAAUGGCUACCAUUGCUGGGAAGUGCAAAUUUUUCCACCCUCCACCUGAUUCUUUUACUUUUUAUCUCUACUGCCUGUAAAACGUGAGAUUUACUAUUCCUCUUCACCUGCUGUAUUAAUGUGUGUAUAUAUAUAUAUAUAUAUAUAUAUAUAUAUAUCCUGAGCUCACCCAAGAGUUACUCUCUAAAUUUGGAGAACACAUACUAUAUCCAUAUUGUAUUAUUUUUAUCUGAUUCAGAUAAAAUAUAUAUAUUAAAAACAAUAGCAAAGCAAUAAUAAUUAGGAUCUAUGCAAUUUUUAAACGUAUAGUGGGCCAAUUAAAUAAAUAUAUAGAAAUAUAUUUUUCAACCGACAUUUUACUACUAGUUGCUGUACCCGUUGCUGAAUUAUUUUGUUGUGAUUUUUGUACAGAAUUUUUAAUGACUUUUUUAUAAUGUGAUUUUCCUAUUUGAAACCAUGCAAUCCAUAUUUUUUUUUUUACAAUACGAGGAAGUAGAACUAUAUCUAAUUUAUAGAAAAAACCCUUUAAGAAAAUGUAAAAAAAAAAAAAACUUAACUAAUAUAAACCAGGAUAUGAGCGCUUAGAAAGUUGUGUUGCCUUAGAAGUUUUAUCUUGCAAAAUCAGAGAAGUAGGCACCUUACAUACUGUAGCUCCUUAAUCAGGGCUUGCCAAUGUCUUACAAUACCUACCUGGGAAUUACAAUCAAGUUUUUACAAAUAGUUGUGUUGGUAAUAAAGAGUUAAAUAAAUAUAAAUUAACUUAGAAAAUGCCUAAGUGCAGCCCUGCGGAAUGUAUUGUCCGUAAGAACCAUUUUUCACUCUAUAAUAUACUGAAUUACUUUUUGUGAAAUGCAGAAAGAUGUUAAUUAAGACUGGAAAUAGCAAAAGAGAAGAUAUAAGUUUUACUCUUUAGAACUUAAUAGCACGUUUUUUUCCGAGAUUAAAAGCUGCUUGACUAUCAUCAAUCCAUCUGCUGCUUCCUAGUCCUACAAUUAUCCUUGUAAUAAAUAUUCAUUAGGAAACAGUGUUUUGUUUAAAUUAUUUUUUAAAACAUGAUUUAUGCAGUUCCUCUUACACUUACUAUGGAGACAAAAUUACAUUUCUGUGGGUGGGCUAUAUCCAGUUGUACCCAUAUUGCGGUAGUAUAAACCAAUAUACACACCAUUUAUUAAUCGGUAAUUAGAGUAUUCUGUCUGACGUGUAAUGCUGAUUAAUUGGGAAUUAAUUUGUACUGUCAUAUUUGUUUGUCAUGCUGUAUACAAUUAUGUACUGCACAAUCCCAUAAAAACCAAUUCGUAUAAAAUAGUAUUGAACGUUUUAUUCCAUUGUUGCUUUUUUGCUACUAUCUUCAAUAUGGGACUUUUACUAUGCCUAAUUUCUACAGGAAUACUAUUCUAUUGUAA